AUCCAGUAAUGGCUUCUUGAACUGUGUGGGUGAUCAUUGGUCAGGUAGCCUAUGGGCGGGUUUCUGAGCUGAUUGCUGGCCAAUCAGAGGCCGCCUCUGUUGUUAAAUGGUCUGUUUGUUUUCCUCAGCAGGUGACCCUCACACAGUGUUUGAACUGACCUCCUGGUACAGAGCUGCUCUUUUUUCCACCUCUCUGACCUACAGACUUCAUGAUGGCUCCUCUCUCCAUCCAGUCUGGGCUGAACUACGCCAAAACGCUGCUGCCAGAAACUCUGAAGAGGUCCGUGUCCACGGUCCACACCACCAUCUCUCUCCACAUCCUGCCAUCCCCUCAGCCUCACUGCUAUAAAGUCUGCACCCACAGCCGGCGGCGGCGCAGGAGCCUGGUGGCGUCUACGCUUCCUGAGCUGCUGGAGCAGGCAGCGAGGGUCUUCAUGCUGUCUUGCUGUAACCUCCUGACUCUGGUCCUGGAGGAGGACGGCACUGUGGUGGACUCGGAGGAGUUCUUCCAGUCGCUGCCCUGUAGCACUACGCUGAUGGUUCUGGAUAAAGGGGAGAUGUGGAGCCAAAGUAAGGUUCUCCCAAGCUUCCGAGAGCCGAAGAAGAAAGCGAUUGCAAAGCUGACCUUUGACCUUUAUAAAGUGCACCCUAAAGACUUCCUGUGCUGCCUGGCUGUCAGAGCAACGCUGUACGAGGUCUACACGCUGUCCUACGACUUCAGAUGCACUCGAGUCAAACACGUCCUCAGGUCCGUCCUGCGCUGCAUCACCUGUCUGACCAGAAUCACCGGGCAGCUGCUGCUCUGCACGUCCUCCUCACUGCUCCAGUUCACCACAGACGAUGACGACGGCAGCUAGAGUCCUCGUUAACGCCAGCGCCACCCUGAGGCUGGAUGGACUCCUCCGCAUGUUUGGGGCUCAGGCUGAUUUAUGGUCUUUCUGCACAGAGAGCCUGUUUAACGCUAAACCUCAGAGUUUAAUGUGCUUAGAUCAGGAAAAGUGAUAGUUUAUCAUUUGUCCAAGGUUUUAGAUUUGAUUUGCUUUAGAUAAACAAAAAAACAAAUUUUUUUUUUUAUAAUUGUUUGACUUUGUGAAUGAAAAGUUUGAAUAAAGACUAGUUUAUUUAAAGCGAUUUGUCAGUUUUGCC